AAAGCAAAUCUCUGAAACCUGAAGGAGAAGAGAGGAGGAGGGAGAGGAACUGAGGAAGAAGAAGGAAUGGGCAUAGUGGAGGAAGCACACAAUGUCAGGGUGUUAGGGUCAGGAGAAAGGAUUAUAGUGCUAGGGCAUGGCUUCGGCACAGAUCAAUCGGUGUGGAAGCACCUGGUUCCUCACCUGGUCGACGACCACCGUGUGAUCCUCUACGACAACAUGGGCGCCGGCCCUACUAACCCUGAAUACUUUGAUUUCGAUCGUUACUCCACCUUAGAAGGCUACGCCUAUGACCUCCUCGCCAUCUUAGAGGAGUUGCAGGUCGUAUCCUGCAUAUUCGUCGGCCACUCUGUUUCCGCCAUCGUCGGUGCUCUUGCUUCCAUCACUCGCCCCGAUCUCUUCUCCAAAAUUAUCAUGAUCUCCGCCUCUCCUAGGUACUUGAACGACGUGGACUACUACGGAGGAUUCGAACAGGAAGAUCUAGACCAAUUGUUCGAAGCGAUGAGAUCGAAUUACAAGGCGUGGUGUUCGGGGUUUGCGCCGCUGGCGGUUGGAGGAGAUAUGGAUUCUGUGGCGGUGCAGGAAUUCAGUCGGACACUGUUUAAUAUGAGACCCGACAUAGCGUUGAGCGUGGGUCAGACCAUAUUCCAGAGCGACAUGAGACAGUUCUUAGGAUUGGUGACCGUGCCUUGUCAUAUAGUGCAGAGCAUGAAGGACUUGGCGGUGCCGGUGGUGGUUUCAGAGUACCUGCAUACACACAUCGGCGGUGAUUCCAUCGUCGAAGUCAUGGCGUCCGAUGGACAUCUCCCGCAGUUGAGCUCGCCGGAUAUCGUAAUUCCGGUUCUGCUUCGCCAUAUCCGUUUUGAUAUUGCCGUCUGAAUUCAUAAUU